AUGUCGACAUAUGAGGCAGAGCUGGAGAAGUACGAAACCGAACCUCUCCUUCACACAGAAGAGCGUAUCGAUAAAUACCGACCUGGAGGCUACCACCCUGUAUCGAUUAGGGACACUUUCGGCAAUGGUCGCUACACAGUUUACAAUAAGUUGGGUCAUGGUGGAUCUUCUACAGUAUGGCUUGCACUUGACGGAAGCAUGGAUGAAUGGGUCGCAAUCAAAAUUCUGACUGCUGAGAAAUCCCAAAAUUCUCGAGAACUAAGAUCGCAUAAGCGUCUGGCGAAGCUUCCACAGGAGUCUGGGCUAUCUCGGUUCUUCGUGCAACUACGAGACCACUUCUUCCACCAAGGGCCAAAUGGCAGUCAUCUGUGUCUCGUUACCGAACUCCUUGGUCCACGUCUCCCUGUUGUUCUCGAGGAGUUGAGAGAUAAAGACACGUGGCUUGCACCGAAUAUCGUCCUCAAAGUUGCACAGGAGUUGCUAGAGGCCAUUGAAGUCUUACAUCGAACUGGAUUUACGCACGGAGGUAUGGGAAACCCUCGAGGUGUUACAAUCAUCUACGACGUCGAUCUUGCUUAG